CAAGUCACCUUUAAUUGUAUACACACGCACUGACACGCACUUACAGAACGUUUGACACAGUUUGACAUGAAGUGCAAAAUUACUUUGACAGUUUGACAUAAGUGCAGCAGGAAAGCGCGAACCACGAAGUACACCUGAAAGUGAAAUGUAAACAUUGCUGAUAAAAUGGAAUAAAACUCAAACUUUGAUGUUGAAAAUAAAAUUUUAAAAAAGCAAAUGAAAAACACUAGAGAUGGCCUCUGAGAGGAACAUUUCCUAUCGGGAAAUGCCUUUUUGUGUGAAUGCACCGUGUGUAACAUGACUUUUAUAUUUAUAUAGACCUCAAGGACGUAGCAGGGAAAUGUCAUAUAUUCGGCGAUCAAGUUAUGAAGUGUAGAACAAUAGGAAUUUUAGAAAGUAUCAAUGGACGUUUUUAUUUGACUGACCUGAAUGAGGCAGAGGGUCAGUCAGAGCCUCUGGUGCAGGUGUCCGUGGUGUACCUGAAGUCUUCACCACAGUCAACAGUGAUUCCAUACCCAGUGCAAGUAUUUGGCACACUGCUGUGGAAGAACAGACCUGUUAUAUUUGCAAAAAUAUUGCAGGUAAUCACUGUGUCUACUGCUAUUAGAAUGAAGAAUGUCUUAGGUAGUAUCACCAGCAUGUACUUGGCUAAGAGUAUUCCUGAACAUGAAGAGCAACAGGAUCCCACUUGAAAUACUACAGCUGAAUCAUGUUGGGUGAAUGAAAAGCGCUAGUUAAAAGAAUGCAUAUUUAUUAAAUCUUAAAUAAAUACAUUAAAUAACAAUAUGUGAUAAAAUUUACAACAUUCCAUCACCAAGCACUCUCAUGUGCUCAUUACAUUAAAAAUAAUGAUUGGCAUAGACAAGAUUACUUUUACUUUAAAGCAUUUUAUCAUGGUAUACCAAAAACAUUGUAACAAUACUAUGUACCAGAUAAAUAUGUAUUAUGGUUUGCUGGAAUGCUUAUUUUAUGUAGUAUCUGUUGUAUAACUUUCACAAUAAUUAAGCAGCAUUGUGUAAAUAUAUGUUGAGCAUGUCUCCAUCUCUAUAAACCAAAUAUCUCUGUAAGAGUAAUUAUUAUGAUGUAAA